AUGGAACAACAUUUGCUUCCCUAUAGCUAUGCAUGUGCUAGUAUUGUAUUGCUUAUAUGCAUUCGUCUCUGUUAUGAUCUGUUGCUGAAGCCUCAAAGGCUUCGAUUAAAGCUUCGAAGGCAAGGGAUUGAUGGUCCCAAACCUUCCUUUAUGAUGGGUAACAUUCCUGAAAUAAAGCACAUGAAAUCGAUGGUCAAGCUUUCGGAGUUUUCAAGCGAUAAAUGGGAACAAUCUCCACCACUCGACACUUCUUCCAUUCUCUUCCCACAUUUCAAUCAGUGGACUAAGCAAUAUGAUCCUUAUCUGGUGAAAGAAAUAAACCAAUGCAAGUCACUGGACUUGGGGAAGCCUGCGUAUCUACAGAAGGACAGGGGACCUUUAUUAGGCAAGGGCCUAAUUACCACCAACCGUGGAGUUUGGUCACAUCAGAGAAAAACCAUAGCCCCUCAGCUCUACAUGGACAAGGUUAAGGAUAUGUUGAAUAUAGUGGUGGAGUCUGCAAGCACAUUGGUGAAAUCAUGGGAGAGUGUGGUUGAAAGUGAGGGUGGUACUGCAGACAUAAAAGUGGAUGAUUAUGUGAGAGAAUUCACAUCUCAUGUAUUCUCCAGAAUUACGUUUGGGAGCAAUUAUUCUAUCGGGGCUGAAUUACUUCCGAAGUGUAGAGCACUUAUCAAGGCCUCAGAAUCACCCACCAUUCUCAAUGGGCUUCCUUUCUAUAGAUAUCUUCCAACCAAGAAAAAUAGAGAUUUGUGGAGACUAGAGAAAGAGGUUCACUCGAUGAUCAUAGAUACAACAAAGAAACUUAACGGAGCUGUGGCCGACGACAUGAUACAAGUACUCAUGGAUGGUGCCAAGCGUGGUGAACUUGGGCCAUCGACACCUGAAAAAUUUAUAGUUGAUAAUUGCAAGGAUCUUUACCUUGCUGCAUUUGAGGUCACUGCCAUUGCCACAAUAUGGGGUUUAAUGUUAUUGGCUUCACAUCCCGAAUGGCAAGCUCGUGUUCGUGCUGAAAUUCUGGAAGUUUGUGGGGGAAAUAUGCCGGAUGGUGAAAAGCUUGGCAAGAUGAAAGUGCUAAUGAUGAUUUAUCACAUUAACGCGCUGCUCAAAGCUCAUAUAUCGAUGUCAUCUAAUACUCGGCAUAGACCAAGUAAACAUUCAUUUGCAGGCCAAGCAUCCUAUGCUCAGUCUUUGCCUAAGCACCCUAUGCUCGGUCUUGGAUACCAGGAAACCAUCCCACACGCUCUUACCAUUAUAGGCAGCCACGUGUCAGCUCCUAGUUGGAUGGCCACCAACGUCCUGUCAUAUAUUGUCAAAUAUGAUGAUCAAAAUCUAAAUUUUGUUGGUUUGAUGCAGUUGAAGAUGGUCAUACAAGAGGUGCUACGACUCUAUCCGCCAGUGGCAUUUGUUUCAAGGGAGGCCUUGCAAGAUGUGAAGCUUGGAAAACUAAGGAUUCCUAAAGGUGUAAACAUUUGGAUAUGGCUGCUAGCAUUGCACCAAGACCCCAAACUUUGGGGGCCCGAAGCAGACAAGUUCAAUCCAGCGAGGUUUGCUAAUGGAAUAUCGGGAGCAUGCACAUACCCACAUGCCUAUGCACCAUUUGGCAUCGGGGCACGUAUAUGUCCUGGCCAGAGUCUAGCCAUGUUGGAGAUGAAAGUCAUUCUUGCUCUCAUCUUACCCAACUUCUCUUUCUCCUUGUCGCCUAACUAUUGCCACGCCCCACACUUUGGUCUGCUUUUGGAGCCUAAGCAUGGCGUGAAUCUCCUCAUGCGCAAGAUAUGA